GGCGACGACUUCCGGUGUUGUGAGGGCUCCGGGCUGACGCGGGGUAAUUCCUCCUGCAGUUACUUUUGGAUGGAAGUAUGCUCUUUUCCCAAUAGAAGAUGGUAAUCUUGGAGAAUGACCAUGGAGAAGGGGAUGAGUUCUGGAGAAGGGCUGCCAUCCAGAUCAUCUCAGAUUUCGGCUGUUAAAAUAACAGCCAAGGACUUGGAAGCAAACCAGUCACAUAAAGAGAAGCGAGGGGGCUUUGUGUUGGUGCAUGCAGGUGCAGGUUAUCAUUCUGAAUCCAAAGCCAAGGAGUAUAAACAUGUGUGCAAACGAGCUUGUCAGAAGGCAAUUGAAAAGCUACAGGCUGGUGCUCUUGCGACAGAUGCUGUGACUGCAGCUUUGGUGGAGCUUGAGGAUUCUCCUUUUACAAAUGCAGGAAUGGGAUCUAAUCUAAAUCUCUUGGGUGAAAUUGAAUGUGAUGCCAGCAUAAUGGAUGGAAAAUCUUUAAAUUUUGGAGCUGUUGGAGCACUGAGUGGAAUCAAGAAUCCUGUCUCAGUUGCAAACAGACUCUUGUGUGAAGGACAGAAAGGAAAGCUUUCGGCUGGCAGAAUUCCUCCCUGCUUUUUAGUUGGAGAAGGAGCCUACAGAUGGGCAGUAGAUCAUGGAAUACCCUCUUGCCCUCCUAACAUCAUGACCACGAGAUUCAGUUUAGCUGCGUUUAAAAGGAACAAGAGGAAACUAGAGCUGGCAGAAAGGGUGGAAACAGAUUUCAUUCAACUAAAGAAAAGAAGACAAUCAAGUGAAAAGGAGAAUGACUCAGGCACUUUGGACACAGUCGGCGCUGUGGUUGUGGACCAGGAGGGGAAUGUCGCUGCUGCUGUCUCCAGUGGAGGUUUGGCUUUGAAACAUCCAGGGAGAGUUGGGCAAGCUGCUCUUUAUGGAUGUGGCUGCUGGGCGGAAAACACUGGAGCUCAUAACCCCUACUCCACAGCUGUGAGUACCUCAGGAUGUGGGGAGCAUCUUGUGCGCACUAUAUUGGCAAGAGAAUGUUCACAUGCUUUACAAGCUGAAGAUGCUCACCAAGCUCUGUUGGAGACUAUGCAAAACAAGUUUAUCAUUCAUUUCUGUCUAGGCUCCCCUUUCUUGGCCAGCGAAGAUGGUGUGCUUGGAGGAGUGAUUGUUCUCCGGUCUUGCAGAUGUUCUGAGGAGCCUGACUCCACCCAGAAUAAGCAUACCCUUUUAGUGGAAUUUCUCUGGAGCCAUACAACAGAGAGCAUGUGUGUUGGAUAUAUGUCAGCCCAGGACGGGAAGGCCAAGACUCACAUUUCAAGACUCCCUCCUGGUGCAGUGGCUGGACAGUCCGUGGCAAUUGAAGGUGGGGUUUGCCGCCUGGAGAGCCCGGGGAAUUGACCCUCCAGGCUCAGCCCGAAGCAUCUGAGAGGCGUUUCAGAAGCAGUCUUUCAGGGUUUUAACCGAAGUUGGGUAUUUUAUCUUCCUCAUUUUAUAAAUACAAUUGUAGCCUCGCUCACUACUUGCAACACUGGUGCUGCUGUAGCUGGUGCUUGGUGGCACACGGGCCUUUCUGUGACUGAGCGGGAUGGAGUAUGUGUGGGUGUGUGUGGUUUCAGAGUCAGAGUGUGUGCUUGCUUCUCCCUUGAUGAAAUAGAAACCCUCCUUAUUAUAUAACCCGAGAUCUAGAAUGAUUAAAUCAUCUUUACAAAAUGUGUGCUUUAACUGUUUACAAGGAAAACCUGAAAAGUUGCCGGAAACAUUUAUUUUAAUUUCUUUAAGAGUUACCAACUGUCGUUGAUGUAAUGUGUUUGAACUGAAGGCUUGUUUCAUGAUUGACAGUGGUAGUGCUCUGUUUAAUAACAAUAAUAAGUAAUAAGAAUUGUUUUUAUUUGUUAACCAGUUUAAGUGGAUCCUGUGGCAACUUAAACUGUAGUUCUCAACCCUCAUAUGGGGCAUUUUUUCUUUAACAAAGAAUGGUUUCAGUGAAACAAUCUAGCAGAGAAUUAAGGUCAGAACCUUUUUAAAAAUAGUCUUAUUGAUAAAGUUUGUACUUUCUUCAAGCUUUUCAAAGCUUAAAUACUGCAUAGCUUCGAGCUGUAUGUAACUAUAUUAUGAAAGAAUAUGUAAAGAAAACAUACAGUGGUGCAAACUUCUUAAUUUGUGUAUAAUGGAAUGUUAUUUACAAUGUAACACUGUACAUAAGAAAGCAAAAUUUAUGGGAAAAUUCAAUAUUAUCUUUGUUUCUUGUUUAAAUAUAUUUUUAAGAUAAAGGCACAAAAAUAAAAGAAACAUAUU